UCGUUUUGAUAAAAAUUGUAAAAUGAUUUCUCAAAGCUGAGACUACGUACACAAUUCUACUGGUUUAGUCUUUUUUUUUAGUUUCUUCGUCAGUUUUCUAGUGCUGUAUUUUAGUGAAUUUGUGUCAUAAUGGCAGACCCGUUGACUUUUUUGCGGACUUAUAAUAUUAAUAAAAAAGAAAUCAUAAUUAAGGACAAUCACAUAUUAUUUGGUGACUUGUCCUGGCCAAAAACUGUAAAUACUAAUUUUUUAAUGUAUGGUUCCGGAAAAGAUGGUGCACCAAAAGAGUACUACACAUUAGAAUGUCUUUUAUUUUUAUUAAAAAAUGUGACUCUUACGCAUCCAGUGUAUGUGCGACAAGCAGCUGCAGAAAAUAUACCUGUUGUAAGAAGACCUGAUCGAAGAGAACUUUUAGCUUACCUAAAUGGUGAACUAUCUACUUCUGCUAGUAUUGAUCGCAGUGCUCCUCUUGAAAUUCCAACUCAGGUUAAACGUAGUGCUGCUGAUGAUGUACAAGAAUCUAUUGCCAAGAAACCUCGUAUGGAGGAUACAUUACAAGUUCUUAGGGUUAAACAGCAGUUAGCUGCACGUUUGGAUGCUCCAAAAGAGUCUGCUGUCAAUGUCGACAAUAUCAAAUCCCUUUCGGAAGCAAUGUCUGUUGAAAAAAUUGCAGCAAUUAAAGCUAAACGUUUAGCUAAAAAACGUACCACUAUUAAAGGCCAUGAUGAUAUAGGUCUUGGACCAGAUCUUAGAGUAAUGUUAGAUUUUGAUGUAGAUAUUACAAAAGAUAUUAUUAAAAGAGAAAGAGAAUGGCGAACUCGAACAACUAUCUUACAAAGCAAUGGAAAAGUUUUUGGAAAGAAUAUUUUUGCAAUACUUCAAUCAAUUAAAAAUAGAGAAGAUGGUAGGUCUCGUCCAUCACAUAGUAUGGCAGCAACACCACGUGUAGCUCCUCCCAAACCUACUAUACCACAGCAAACUGUUUAUAAUCGUUAUGACCAAGAAAGAUUUAUUAAAUCCAGAGAAGACACGGAAGGUUUUAAAAUUGAUACUAUGGGUACAUACCAUGGUAUGACAUUAAAAUCUGUAACGGAAGGAACAGUUCCAAAAAAACCAGUGGCUACUGUCACUCCUGUUCAACAAUCAUCACGACCAGGACCACAUUUUACGGAAAAGGAGAUUCUGGCCAAAUUAACUGCUUCUCAACAAGCAAAACAAAGAGUAUCAAGAACUCCAAUUAUUGUUAUACCUGCUGGGCAAUCCUCAUUGAUAUCUAUGCAUAAUGCUCGAGAAAUUUUACAAGAUCUGAAAUUUGUUUCAAUUGAAGAAACAAAGCAGAAUGGAACAAAACGUGACAACGAAUUGCUUUUACAACGUCGUAAAGAUGGAGGUAUGACGGUGCCUUAUCGUGUGGUUGACAAUCCCCAAAGACUGACACAAGGAGAAUGGGACAGAGUGGUAGCUGUAUUCGUAAUGGGACCUGCAUGGCAGUUUAAGGGAUGGCCAUGGGAUGGAAAUCCUGUAGAAAUUUUUGCUAAAAUAUGUGCGUUUCAUUUGAAGUUUGAUGAAAUGAAAUUGGAUAAAAAUGUAGCCAAAUGGGCUGUUAAUGUAUUAGAGAUAUCAAGGACCAGACGCCAUUUAGAUCGAGCAACUCUCAUGGUAUUCUGGGAAAAAUUAGACAAACAUAUUAUGAAGUGCAAACCAACCUUAAGAUUUUAGACACCAAAUUAAAUUGUUGACAGUUUAUUGACUUGUAAUAUACUUUUUUUUUAACAAUUAAUGUAUUUC